AUGUUAGGUACUGGUGUCAUUGCUGGAGUGGCAGGUACAGCAUUGUACGAAACAGACGAUCGAUUCCGACAUGUUAUAUUUGCUAUCCAACGAAGUGGAAUCUCGACCAGUAUUGGCGUAAGAGUAGCAGCCGACUACAAAUGGACUCUUUCUAAAAAAUACUCUAGCAAGGAAGAAGAGAUUAAGGCUAAGAAGGAAUGCGAUCAACGUUGUGCCGAGCGAGUACUUAUUGGGUUACAGAAACUGGGUGGAAUCUACGUUAAACUCGGACAACACAUCUCAGCAAUGGCUUACAUAUUACCAUUCGAAUGGACAUCAACAUUGUCUGCAUUACAAGACAGAUGCGAUCCCUCUUCUCCUGAAGACAUCGAGGCUUUGUUCCUGUCUGAUUAUGGGCAUUCAAUUGAUGAAAUAUUCGAAGAGUUCGAUUGGAAACCUAUUGGCGUAGCAUCUUUGGCUCAAGUUCACAAGGCCCGUCUUCGUCCUGAUGUAAAUGGUGUACGCCUAGGCAACGAUGGCUGGGUUGCUGUCAAGCUUCAACACCCACGACUAGAUGAAUUCUGUAAAGUUGAUCUGGGAACUGUGUCAUUUAUUAUGGGGUACAUCAAGAAAGCCUUCCCCGAUUUUGGAUUCGACUGGAUUCUCCAAGAGAUGAAAGAAUCAUUACCCCAAGAACUCAAUUUUGUUCAUGAAGCAUCUAAUGCACAGCAGGUAGCACAGAACUUUGCCCAAGAACGUGCCCAAAAUCAAACAUCACUUGUAAUCCCCGAUAUUGUGUGGGCACAGCGAAGAAUUAUGUUUAUGGAGUUUAUCGAAGGUGCUCGAAUCGAUGAUCUCGCAUAUAUGAAAGAGCAUGACAUCGACCCAAGUACUGUCUCUACAGAAUUGACAGAGAUAUUUUCCAAGAUGAUGUUCUUGCAUGGGUUUUUGCAUUGUGAUCCUCAUCCUGGAAACGUUCUUAUCAGACCUGCCAAAGACCCUAAGUCCAAAUACAACUUUGACCUUGUCUUACUUGACCACGGUCUCUAUCGUAUUCUGACAGAGGAACUACGAACAGAUUAUGCCCACCUGUGGACUUCUUUGAUCCGAGGCGACGAAGAUGGUAUUAGAAAGUAUUCUCUGCGUGUCGGGUGUAGACCUGAAGCACACAGGCUGUUUGCUUCUCUUUUAACAGGCCGAGAAUGGGAAACGAUUGAAUCCGCCGAUUUGUCUUCAAACAGAACGGACAUAGAAGUUCAACGUGUGUCAGGGCGUGCAAAGAACUUCUUACUUAAGGUCGCAGAUAUAUUGGCCAGACUUCCUCGGGUUGUUCUACUUCUUCUCAAAACAAGCGAUUUAUUACGUUGCUUGGAUGAAACAUUGCGUGAUUCAGUUACCAAGCAUAUGACAUAUAUUAUUAUGGGCAGAUACUGUGCUGAGGCUGUUUGGCUUGAUGCCAAGAAAAGCUUGUUUGACAGUAUCGCAACUUACGGUAUUUCUUGGAAUGUGCUGAAACAGCUUUUCACUGCAUGGUGGGAGUACCGUUCUCUUGAAUUCGGGCUCUGGGCUUAUCAGGCACGCAUGUCAAACUGGGAACGACUUGUCCGCUGGAAACUUGUACAGGCUUAA